AUGUCUUCCUUUGACCCCCAUUCUGUCGACCUGGAUACAGCCAGCCAGACGGAUAUCAUCUGCUACAUAAAUGCCUCGUCCAACGAGUACAACGGUCACUUGGGUGCUCGCAUCUCCGCCAUCUUCGUGAUCCUCAUCGUCUCGACAUGCGGCACGUUCUUCCCCGUCCUUGCCACGCGCAGCCGUCGCCUCCAUAUCCCCCUCUAUGUCUACCUUUUUGCCCGCUACUUCGGAGCAGGCGUGAUCAUCGCCACGGCGUUCGUACACCUGCUGGACCCGGCAUAUAGCGAGAUUGGGCCCAACACCUGUGUGGGCCUCACGGGCGGAUGGGCUGUCUAUUCGUGGCCGCCGGCUAUUGUACUGACAUCUGUCAUGCUCGUAUUCCUCAUGGACUUUGCUGCCGAGUUCUACGUCGAGGGUAAAUAUAACCUGCCUCCUGGCGGACAGAUUGAAAAUGCUGUUACACGACAGGCUGGUGGUGCCGAGGCCGUAACUGGUAGCUCGCACGAGAACCACCAGUACCUCCACUCUGCCGACCAAGGCGACCAGCAGCCAGCGCAGAAAGUGCUGGCACAGCAAGCACCAGGUCAUGUUCUUGACCCUCCCAUUGACGGCUCCAAGGAUACAGACGAUGGCAACAGUCUCAAACUUGCCGAGCUGGCCCACCUGUCUGGCGACUCCACGUCCACCGAGCUCGCCUUUCGACAGCAGAUCGCCGCCUUCCUGAUUCUCGAAUUCGGUGUCGUCUUUCAUAGCGUCAUCAUCGGCCUCAAUCUUGGCGUUGUGGGCGACGAGUUCUCGACUCUGUACCCCGUCCUGGUAUUCCACCAGACCUUCGAAGGUCUGGGAAUUGGUGCGCGUCUCAGUGUCAUUCCCUUCCCAUCGCGCCUGCAGUGGAUGCCCUGGGCCCUCUGCCUCGCGUAUGGGCUCACCACUCCUAUCUCCAUCGCUAUCGGUCUGGGCUUGCGCUACUCGUACAACGGCAGCUCCUACACCGCCAACGUGGUCUCUGGUUUGCUGGACUCCAUCUCAGCAGGCAUCCUGAUUUACACUGGUCUGGUGGAGAUGCUUGCUCGCGACUUUUUGUACAACCCCAGCCGGACGAGGGACCGCAAGCGGAUCCUGUUUAUGUUGGUGUCGUUAUAUCUUGGCGCUGGCAUCAUGGCAUUGCUCGGAAAGUGGGCUUAA